GACAAGAGAAGGCCAGCUCGAACUUCGUAUCUUCGUAAGAACGCUGUUCUAAUCGUGCAGUAAAAUUAUAUUUUGUUGCCAUGCAGCAAACACUGUCUCAUCCCUUCGGAAACGCCUUUUCCCCGCAUCCGACCACCGGCACCCGGCUCUAUAUCUGCCUCUCUUGUCCAAAGCCAUGGCCGGACGUCCCUUUUAUCGCCUGCUCCAACCCUCUUGAAGUCUUCGAAAUCUCACUGUCACCAAUCCACUAUGACAGACUCUUACAGAGGCAAAACAGUCAUUGUGACGGGUGCUGCAGGUGGCCUGGGCCGCGCAAUUGCGCAGGCCUUCCUGUCAGCCUCUGCAAACGUUGUCCUUGUCGACGUCAACCCAGCCCGACUUGCCGCCUGUUCCUCUGAGCUCAGUACCUCAUAUCCAGGCCAUGUACUCGCCCUCCAAGUCAACAUCACCGACGAAAGUGCCGUAGAAGAGAUGAUCAACACCACCACUAGCAAGUUCUCGACUUUGGAUGUGCUAGUGAACAACGCCGGCAUCAUGGACCACUAUGACCCCGUGGGCGGCCUGGAAAAGGCCAUGUGGGACAGGGUUAUAGCCGUGAAUCUUACAGCACCAAUGCUCACAAGCAAGUAUGCGGUGAAGCAAUUCCUUGAACAGGAGCAAGGGGGCGCAAUCUUGAACGUGUCAAGCACAUCUGCGUUGAAGGGUUUCAUUGCAGGCGCAGCAUAUACAGCAAGUAAGCACGGUAUUAUAGGUCUCACCAAAAACACUGCAGUUUUUUAUGCCAAGAAAAACAUCCGAUGUAUUGCCAUACUCCCUGGCCCUAUGCAGACAAACGUUGGAGACGCUUGGGCGGAUGGGAUGAACGAAGAAGGUUACGAGACGAUGGACAAAGCAAGGGCCUUUGACCCAGAACUAUGCGAGCUGAGCAAGGUGGCCGAAACUGUGCUUCACUUAUGCUCACAAGCUGGGAGCGUGUGCAAUGGAGCUUGUGUGACCGUUGAUAAUGCAUGGGGCGCGUGGUAG